CUUCACUCCGCUCGGCAUCGUGCUCCGGCAGAACCGCUCGAGCCUCGAUACGAAUUUCGUCGGUGGGGCCCGACCAAGAAAACGAACGAUCCAGCCAUCCUGAAUCGUUCGACCGAAUUAACCCCUGGUUCGAUCCAGGUCGAUCCGCAAAUCGAUUUCAGACAACAGGGUUGCCGAGGUUCACGCGAGCCACUCUCCAGCCAGUAGUGGCUGAUCAUUGGUACGCUAUCGGAGGUUAGGACGUCGUCGACACCGUGCUGGUGGUGUUGGUGGUUAUCGUCGGCCAGCGCGUAAACGUUCCGCACCGGCAGCCGUGUGUGUGCCACCGGAAAGGCGAACCAUGUCGAAUCGUGACCGCGUGUGACCGUUCAUCAGCACCCUAUUGACUACGAAGCUGGAGACGGUGAACGUGCGUCGCGGAGAACCAGGCCAGACCACGACCGAGAAAAAUAACGCGAGGGGAGGUGAACUGAGCUCGGCGUCAGGCUACGUGAAAACGUACCGACGGGAUGGCUGACAGCGAGGGUGGCUCCGAGCAGGAUGACGUAUCCUUCCUCCGUACGGAGGACAUGGUAUGUCUGUCCUGUACCGCAACUGGUGAAAGGGUUUGCCUCGCAGCUGAAGGGUUUGGUAAUCGACACUGUUUCCUCGAGAAUAUCGCAGACAAGAACAUACCACCUGACCUGUCGCAAUGCGUAUUCGUAAUAGAACAAGCUCUGUCGGUGAGAGCUCUGCAGGAAUUGGUAACCGCCGCCGGUUCCGAGACGCAGCAAGAAAAUUUAGGAAAGGGCACUGGAUCUGGACACAGAACGUUAUUGUAUGGCAACGCUAUUUUACUGAGGCAUCAAAACAGCGACAUGUAUUUGGCGUGUUUAUCGACCAGCUCGUCCAACGACAAGUUGGCUUUCGACGUAGGUCUGCAACAGCAUUCUCAAGGCGAGGCGUGUUGGUGGACUGUGCAUCCAGCAUCGAAGCAGAGGUCAGAGGGUGAGAAGGUUCGAGUCGGUGAUGACCUUAUUCUGGUAUCUGUGGCCACUGAGAGAUACUUGCACACAACAAAAGAAAACGACUUAUCAGUGGUUAACGCCUCGUUCCACGUAACCCACUGGUCGGUACAACCUUACGGCACUGGAAUCAGCCGGAUGAAAUACGUUGGUUACGUAUUUGGCGGUGAUGUUCUACGAUUCUUUCACGGUGGCGACGAAUGCCUCACUAUACCGUCAACAUGGGCCACAACACCGAGUCAAAAUAUAGUGGUCUACGAGGGAGGCAGCGUAAUGAGUCAAGCUCGAUCUCUAUGGAGACUGGAGCUGGCAAGAACUAAAUGGGCCGGUGGUUUUAUCAACUGGCUGCAUCCGAUGAGGAUCAGACACUUGACAACUGGACGUUACCUUGGUGUAAAAGAAAACAACGAACUGUAUCUGGUCGAUAGAAACGAGGCAACGACCGAGACUUCAACGUUUUGGUUACGGCAAGAGAAGGAUGACCAGAAGAUCAUUCUCGAGGAUAAGGAUCUCGAAGUUAUCGGUACACCGAUCAUCAAGUAUGGUGACUCGACUGUUAUCAUGCAGCACGCUACUACUUGCCUCUGGGUCUCGUACAAGUCGUACGAGACAAAGAAAAAGGGUGUGGGCAAAGUGGAGGAGAAGCAAGCCGUCCUUCACGAGGAAGGAAAGAUGGAUGACGGUUUGGACUUCUCUCGGUCACAAGAGGAGGAGUCCCGGACAGCUCGUGUGAUACGAAAGUGCAGCAGUCUGUUCACUCAGUUCAUCACAGGCCUAGAGACGCUGCAAGUAGAUAGAAGAGCGUCUAUGUUCUUCCAAAAUGUGAAUCUGAACGAAAUGGUGAUGUGUCUGGAAGACUUGAUUAAUUAUUUUGCUCAACCCGAAGACGACAUGGAGCACGAAGAGAAACAAAACAGAUUCCGCGCUCUGAGAAAUCGUCAAGACCUGUUUCAAGAGGAAGGUAUAUUGAACUUGAUACUCGAAGCCAUCGACAAGAUCAACGUGAUUACGUCACAAGGUUUCCUCGUGGCACUUUCGGGAGACGAGAGUGGUCAAGCUUGGGACCAAAUAUCAGGAUACCUGUAUCAACUAUUGGCAGCUAUUAUCAAAGGAAAUCACACAAACUGCGCGCAAUUUGCUAACAGCAAUCGUUUGAACUGGUUGUUCAGUCGACUCGGAUCGCAGGCUUCCAGCGAAGGCACUGGAAUGUUGGACGUGCUUCAUUGCGUUCUUAUCGACUCGCCCGAAGCUUUAAACAUGAUGAGGGACGAGCACAUUAAAGUCAUCAUUUCCUUAUUGGAGAAGCACGGAAGAGACCCAAAAGUCUUGGACGUACUUUGCUCGCUGUGCGUGGGUAACGGCGUGGCUGUUCGAUCUUCGCAGAACAACAUCUGUGACUUCUUGCUGCCAGGAAAAAAUCUUCUUCUUCAGACGCAACUGGUCGACCACGUGGCUAGCGUUAGACCGAACAUAUUCGUCGGUAGAGUCGAGAACUCGGCGCUUUAUCAGAAAUGGUACUUCGAAGUCACCGUCGACCACAUCGAACAGACCACGCACAUGAUGCCGCAUUUGAGAAUAGGAUGGGCGAACACUGCUGGGUACAUGCCAUAUCCCGGUGGUGGCGAGAAAUGGGGUGGAAACGGUGUUGGCGACGACCUCUAUUCAUUCGGUUUCGACGGUGCACAUCUAUGGACCGGUGGUAGAAAAACUCAAGUUGUUCAGAAUGUCACGGAACCUUACAUCAGAAAGAGCGACGUGAUCGGAUGUGCAUUGGAUCUCACAGUGCCCAUAAUCACUUUCACCUUCAACGGAGCACCUAUCAUGGGAUCCUUCCGAAAUUUCAACCUCGAUGGCAUGUUCUUCCCCGCAAUCAGCUGCUCAUCCAAACUAUCCUGUAGAUUCCUGUUAGGCGGUGACCACGGCCGACUCAAGUUUCAACCGCCAGAAGAAUUCUCACCUUUGGUGGAAAGCUUAUUACCACAACAAAUUCUAUCUUUGGAUCCCUGUUUCUACUUUGGAAACAUGAACAAGGUGGUCCUGGCUGGUCCAUGGCUGGUCGAGGACGACACAGCUUUCGUCCCAGCUCCGGUCGACACAUCUAUGAUCAAUUUACCAUCUUACGUCGAGCAAAUCAGAGAUAAACUAGCUGAGAAUAUCCACGAGAUGUGGGCAAUGAAUAAAAUCGAAGCUGGUUGGAUAUAUGGAGAACAUAGAGACGAUAUGAGAAAGAUUCAUCCAUGUAUCGUUCAGUUUGAACGAUUACCAGCUGCAGAAAAACGUUACGACACUCAGUUGGCAGUGCAAACGCUGAAGACUGUUCUAGCCUUGGGAUAUUAUAUCACGAUGGAUAAACCACCCUCUAGAAUAAAGACUCUGAGGCUUCCGAAUGAACCCUUCCUGCAAAGCAGUGGAUAUAAACCAGCACCACUCGAUCUUAGUGCCAUUACACUCACGCCAAAGAUGGAAGAACUGGUAGACCAACUUGCAGAAAAUACUCAUAAUUUGUGGGCAAAGGAAAGGAUUAGUCAGGGAUGGACUUAUGGUCUGAACGAGGAUUCUGAGAUGAGAAGGAGCCCCCAUUUGGUACCCUACCCGAAGGUGGAUGAAGCGAUCAAGAAGGCUAAUCGUGACACAGCCAGUGAAACUGUGAGGACACUUUUGGUUUAUGGAUACAUGUUGGAACCACCUACUGGAGAACAACACGAAGCGCUGCUGUUGGAAGCCAACAGGUUACGACAACUAUACUUUAGAACAUAUCGCGUUGAGAAACACUACGCAGUCAGUAGCGGAAAGUGGUACUUCGAGUUCGAGGUGCUGACAGCUGGCCCUAUGCGAGUCGGUUGGGCAAAAGCUGACUGCUCUCCCGGGAAUAUGCUGGGAAGCGACGAAUCUACUUGGGCUUUUGACGGCUAUAACGUAACUAAAGUACACGCCGGUAUCCACGAGUCAUUUGGUCACAGAUAUCAAGUGGGCGACGUAGUUGGAUGUUUCAUUGACGUCGCAGACCGAACGAUCAGCUUUUCUCUGAACGGAGAACUGCUGAUGGAUGCGCUCGGUGGUGAAACGUCUUUUGCUGACGUACAGGGAGAUUGUUUCGUACCAGCUUUCACGCUUGGUGUUGGACAAAAAGCAAAAUUAACUUUUGGACAGGAUGUAAAUACCUUAAAGUUCUUUACGACCUGCGGUUUGCAAGAGGGAUACGAACCGUUCUGUGUGAACAUGAAUCGUCCAGUUACGUAUUGGUACACCAAGGAUCAACCAAUUUUCGAGAACACAGACGAUAUGGCUGACACGAGGAUAGAUGUAGCCAGGAUUCCAGCGGGUUCCGAUACUCCACCAUGUUUGAAGAUCUCUCAUAACACGUUCGAAACUAUGGAAAAGGCGAACUGGGAGUUCCUGCGAUUAUCUUUACCGGUUAUUUGCCAAUCGACGUUUAUUUCGGAAAGUGAGAAACUAAGGAGAUGGCAGGAAAUCAAAAUGCGACAAAAUAGACUAUUGUCUGAACAAGUGGAGCAGGCUCAACAAGCAGCGCCUUCUGCUCAAAUAGAGCAGAUCAUGAGGUCUGGAUUCAGUAUGAGCGACAUCAAAGGAUUACAAAGGAACUAUUCGGAGGAUGCAGUGGAAGCCGAUGAAAUGAUGAAGGAGUCACCGCUUCCCAUGCAAAGAAACAAGCCGUUGAGACCUCCAAGAAAGGGUUCCCUCUAUGGGUCACGAGUCGGAAACAUGGAUAACGCAAUUAGCGAAGUUGACAUGAAUGGAUACGGCGAUAUGAACGGCGACAUCAAGGACGAUAAGAAGAAACGUGGGCGUUCUCCGUUCCGCAAACUUAGCAAAGAAAUGGAGGAUGCCCCAUUCUUCUCUCGUAAAGCGAAGUCUCCGGACGCGAAAUCGAAAACGCCCGAGCCACCAGUACGUUCAGACGUUUCUGAUAAGAGCACCAAGACCCAAUCGAUGAACAAAGCAAGUAACCGGCCUCCCCAAAUUCGCAUAUCAAACACGGACUUGAAAGUAGUGCCACCUCAGAUCCCAGAACGCAACGCACCAAAAGCAAUGUCUAUGUCUGCUCUGAGUGGAAGCGGCGUCGAGGCAAUCGGAAAUGAGAUAUUCGAUGCAGAAUGCUUGAAAUUGAUGAACGAAUACUUCUACGGAGUGAGAAUCUUUCCUGGACAGGAUCCAACGCACGUUUAUGUUGGCUGGGUCACUUCCCAAUAUCAUUUGCAUACUAAAGACUUUAAUCUGUCUCGCGUGAGGAAGGGCUCUGUAGUUAUUACCGAUGACUAUGAUCGUCCUAUAGAACAGGUUGAUAGACAGAGCUGCUAUAUGGUAAGAGCGGAUGAGCUUUACAACGAAGUAACGCAAGAUGCAUCCGGCAAGGGAGCUUCUCAAGGAAUGUUCGUUGGAUGUUUCGUGGAUACCGCAACCGGUUGGGUGUCCUUCACCUGCGAGGGAAAGGAAACUAGCCACAAAUUCAAGAUGGAACCCGAUACGAAAUUAUUCCCUGCCAUCUUCGUAGAAGCUACCAGCAAGGAAAUCCUUCAGAUUGAACUUGGAAGAACCUCCACAACGCUACCAUUAUCCGCUGCUGUAUUACAAAACUCAGAACGUCAUGUGAUACCACAGUUCCCACCUAGAUUGAAGGUUCAAUGUCUGAAACCUCACCAAUGGGCAAGAGUUCCAAAUCAAUCGCUUCAGGUUCAUGCCUUGAAACUGUCUGAUAUCAGAGGUUGGUCCAUGCUGUGCGAGGAUGCCAUAUCAAUGUUGGCUUUGCAUAUCCCUGAAGAGGAUAGAUGUAUCGACAUCUUGGAGCUUAUUGAGAUGGAUAAGUUACUUAGCUUCCACGCACACACUCUGACACUGUACGCAGCUCUAUGUUAUCAGUCGAAUUACAGAGCAGCACACGCUCUAUGCCAGCACGUCGAUCAAAAACAAUUAUUGUACGCAAUUCGAGCGGAAUACAUGUCCGGGCCCCUACGACAAGGAUUCUACGACUUGCUGAUCGCCUUGCAUCUCGAGUCACACGCGACUACGAUGGAAGUGUGUAAAAAUGAAUACAUAAUUCCUUUAGGCCAAGAACUGAAGGAUUUAUACGAAAACGAAGAAAUGAAGCACAGCCUCAGGUAUCUAGAAACCGAGUCGGUUCGUCCUCAGAUGAAAAUGACAGACAUCAGGGAUAUUCCUUCCAGCGAUCAAACGAUCGAGAACAUAAGGAGUCUCUACAGUCCGUACUUCCCUCUGGAUGUAGUGCGGGACUAUGUGAUGACUGCACUGAACGAGGCCGUCGAGGUCAAUCAAGUUCACAAUCGGGACCCCAUUGGUGGCAGCAAUGAGAAUCUUUUCCUGCCACUUUUGAAACUAGUAGACAGGUUGCUCUUGGUCGGAAUGCUCAGGAACGAAGACGUUGUGAAGCUUCUGAUUAUGAUUCAUCCUGAGACUUGGGAUCCGACGUUUGACAAAGAAGGAAAAGACGAGCACAAGAAGGGACUGCUUCACAUGAAAAUGGCCGAAGGUGCGAAACUACAGAUGUGCUAUCUUCUUCAUCAUCUAAACGACAUCCAGCUUCGACAUCGCGUCGAGUCCAUUAUCGCAUUUAGCCACGACUUCGUCGGUGAUCUUCAGUCUGAUCAACUUCGGCGUUACGUCGAAAUCAAACAAUCUGACUUACCAUCGGCAGUAGCAGCGAAGAAGACAAGAGAAUUUCGAUGUCCACCUCGUGAACAGAUGAAUGCAAUCUUAAGUUUCAAGAAUAUGGAAUUCGUGGAUGAUCCUGAGAAUAGUCCUUGCGGAGAAGAUCUGAUAAAUCGGAUGAAUGAAUUCCACAACAGUCUCAUGUCCUACGUGUCCUUGCACGCCCUGCAGGAAGCAGCGGAUGCCGUGGAGGAGGCUGAAGACGCAGUUCAGAAACCUGGCGCCAUUAAGAAACUAUUCAACUUUAUCAACGCAGUGAAAGAACUCGAAGAGGAACCUAAACCUGAACCUGAACCCGAGAGGAAGACUCCAGAAGAGGUGUUCCGUAAAGUUCUGAUAAAAACCAUCGUCAGCUGGGCCGAGGAAUCCCAAAUCGAGACUCCGAAGUUGGUUCGAGAAAUGUUCAGUUUACUGGUUCGCCAGUAUGACACGGUGGGCGAGUUAAUUAGAGCUUUAGAAAAAACCUACGUGACGAACAGCAAGACAAAGGACGACGUUGCUUUGAUGUGGGUCGGUUUGAGCCAAAUUCGCGCCUUACUGCCUGUACAAAUGUCUCAAGAGGAAGAAGAGCUCGUUCGGGAACGACUCUGGAAAUUAGUCAACAAUCAUACGUUCUUCCAGCAUCCAGAUCUAAUCAGAGUGCUUAGAAUUCACGAGAACGUCAUGGCGAUCAUGAUGAACACACUAGGCAGACGUGCACAGGCGCAAUCGGACGCUCAAACUCAGCCUCAAACUACCGAAGGAGAACCAGUUUCCAAGGAGAAGGAUACUUCUCACGAAAUGGUGGUAGCAUGCUGUAGAUUCCUGUGCUACUUUUGUCGAACUUCCAGACAGAAUCAGAAGGCUAUGUUCGACCACUUUGACUUUUUACUGGAGAAUAGUAAUAUCUUGUUAUCGAGACCAUCUUUAAGAGGUUCCACUCCACUGGACGUAGCUUAUUCUUCCCUCAUGGAAAACACGGAGCUGGCUCUGGCUCUCAGAGAACAUUAUCUUGAAAAGAUUGCCAUAUAUCUAUCCCGUUGUGGUUUGCAAUCGAAUUCAGAAUUGGUUGAAAAAGGUUAUCCCGAUCUGGGUUGGGAUCCCGUGGAAGGCGAAAGAUAUUUGGACUUUUUGAGGUUCUGCGUUUGGGUUAAUGGUGAAAGCGUCGAAGAAAAUGCAAACUUGGUGAUCCGUUUGCUGAUCAGAAGACCGGAAUGUCUGGGACCAGCGCUUCGUGGCGAGGGUGAGGGUCUAUUAAGAGCUAUCAUAGACGCCAAUAAGAUGUCCGAACGAAUCGCUGAUCGAAGGAAAGUGCACGACGAAGCAGAAGGUACAACGGCGCUCAUGCAAUUCGAACAUCCGCUUCCGGAAUCAGACGACGACGAAGACUAUAUCGAUACAGGAGCUGCGAUCUUGAACUUCUACUGUACCUUAGUGGACCUAUUAGGCCGCUGCGCUCCAGAUUCUUCUGUUAUCGAACAAGAGGCUUCUACAGAAUCCGUCGGGAAGAACGAAUCUCUUCGAGCGAGGGCUAUUCUUCGAUCUCUGGUGCCACUCGAUGAUCUACAAGGUGUCCUGUCUUUGAGGUUCACGUUAUUGAAUCCCGCGGCAGGCGAAGAGAAACCAAAAAGCGAUAUGCCGUCUGGUUUGAUUCCUGGACAUAAACAGAGCAUCGUUCUGUUUUUGGAGCGCGUUUACGGAAUCGAAACCAGAGAAUUGUUCUUUAAGAUACUCGAGGAAGCAUUUUUGCCCGAUCUCAGAGCCGCCACUAUGUUGGAUAGGAACGAUGGAUAUGAAUCAGACAUGGCGCUAGCGAUGAACCGUUACAUUGGAAACAGUAUUCUACCUUUGUUGAUUAAACAUUCGAAAUUCUACAACGAGGCGGAUAACUAUGCCAGUUUACUAGAUGCUACGUUGCACACCGUAUAUCGAUUGAGCAAGAACAGAAUGCUCACUAAGGGUCAACGUGAAGCAGUGUCGGAUUUCCUCGUGGCAUUGACCAGAGACGUCCACGAGUUAAAUGUCUCCCAAAUGCAACCCAGCAUGUUGUUGAAGCUGCUUCGAAAGCUGACCGUAGACGUGUCCAAACUAUCAGAAUAUACGACAGUUGCUCUAAGGUUGCUGACCCUUCACUACGAUCGUUGCGCGAAAUAUUACGGAUCGACCGGUGGACAAGGCGCAUACGGUGCAUCGAGCGAUGAAGAGAAACGCCUGACUAUGGUUCUCUUCAGCAACAUUUUCGAUUCGUUAUCCAAGAUGGACUACGAACCAGAACUAUUUGGAAAAGCUCUACCUUGUCUCACAGCUAUUGGUUGCGCGUUACCGCCUGAUUAUUCAUUGUCCAAAAAUUACGAUGACGAGUGGUACGGAAGUAAAUCUGCAUCUGCACAGUCGCCUGAUGGACCUUAUAAUCCUCAGCCAAUCAAUACCUCUAGUGUGGUUCUCAAUAACGACCUCAAUCAGAUAGUCCAAAAGUUCUCCGAGCAUUACCACGACGCUUGGGCCAGUCGAAAGUUAGAAAACGGUUGGACCUACGGCGAACAAUGGUCUGAAGUGAAUAAGACUCAUCCCAGGCUGAAGCCGUACAACAUGUUAAACGAUUACGAGAGAGAACGAUACAAAGAGCCAGUCAGGGAGAGCUUGAAAGCUUUAUUGGCCAUAGGAUGGAGCGUUGAACAUGCAGAGGUGGAUGUACCAUCUACCAAUCGUAGUUCCAUGAGAAGAUCAUCGAAAAGUCAAGCUGAUUCAGCGAGUCCAUUUAAUUAUAAUCCUCAUCCAGUUGAUAUGACUAAUUUGACUCUGAGCAGAGAAAUGCAAAACAUGGCAGAGCGUCUCGCGGAUAAUGCGCACGAUAUUUGGGCAAAGAAGAAGAAGGAAGAACUCAUCACUUGUGGAGGUGGUAUUCAUCCUCAACUAGUUCCGUAUGAUCUUUUGACCGAUAAGGAGAAACGAAAGGAUCGCGAACGUUCCCAAGAAUUCCUCAAGUACCUGCAAUAUCAGGGUUACAAGCUUCAUAAACCGAAUAGAGGCGGAGAAUCAGAAGUUGCAACGGCUGGAGCCUCGGUGGAAUUACGAUUCGCCUACUCGUUACUUGAAAAGUUGAUAGCCUACUUGGAUAAGGCUACUAUCAACAUGAAAUUACUGAAACCGUCCGACACGUUCAGUCGUAGAAAUAGCUUUAAAACGUCUACAAGAGACAUCAAAUUCUUCAGUAAAGUUGUCCUGCCACUGAUGGAAAAAUAUUUUAGCACACACAAAAACUAUUUCAUCGCUGUGGCAACGGCUACCAACAAUGUCGGAGCUGCGUCCUUGAAAGAGAAGGAGAUGGUAGCAGCUCUAUUUUGUAAAUUGGCCAGUUUAUUGAGAUCUAGAUUGGCUGCUUUCGGACCGGAUGUUAGGAUCACCGUCCGCUGUCUUCAAGUACUAGUCAAAGGCAUAGACGCGAAGAGUUUAGUGAAGAAUUGUCCUGAGUUUAUCAGAACGUCUAUGCUAACGUUUUUCAACAACACUGCAGACGAUUUAGGACACACGAUUCUUAAUCUUCAAGAGGGCAAAUACAGUCAUCUGAGAGGAACACAUUUGAAAACUUCUACAUCCUUGUCGUAUAUCAAUAGCGUGGUUUUGCCAGUGCUCACAGCCAUGUUCGAUCAUUUGGCUGCCUGCGAAUAUGGUAGCGAUUUGCUAUUGGACGAAAUUCAGGUGGCAUCCUACAAAAUGCUGGCGUCUUUAUACACUCUCGGUGUAGAUGCCUCCCUAACACACGACAGAAAAUAUUUGAAGACAGAAAUCGAGCGUCACAAGCCCAGCUUAGGUUCCUGUCUAGGUGCCUUUUCUAGUUGUUUCCCUGUGGCCUUCUUGGAGCCACAUUUAAACAAGCACAAUCAGUAUUCCCUUUUGAAUCGUAUAGCCGACCAUUCCUUGGAAGCACAAGAUAUCAUGAUGAAGAUGGAAUCGAGUAUGCCUACCCUAGAGACGAUCUUGACGGAAGUCGAUCAAUUCGUCGAGUCUGAGAAAACCUACAACGAUCUUCCCCACGUAGUUGACAUUAUUCUUCCUCUACUUUGCUCCUAUCUGCCUUUCUGGUGGUCUCAAGGGCCAGACAAUGUAAACCCGACAGAAGGAACGUACGUCAGCAUGGUUACCAGCGAUCACAUGAAUCAACUGCUGAAGAACGUAUUAAAGUUGAUUAAAAAGAACAUCGGUAACGAAAAUGCUCCUUGGAUGACUCGUAUUGCUGCUUACACUCAACAGAUCAUUAUAAAUUCAUCAGAAGAGUUACUGAAGGAUCCAUUCUUACCACUUGCUGAACGUGUCAGAAAACGAACGGAUACUAUGUUCCAUAAAGAAGAAUCUCUUCGUGGUUUUAUUAAAUCAUCCACGGAUGACACGUCACAAAUCGAAGCACAGAUUCAAGAAGACUGGCAACUUCUGGUUCGCGAUAUCUACUCAUUCUAUCCUCUUUUGAUCAAGUACGUUGAUUUGCAAAGGAAUCAUUGGCUGAGGAAUAACAUUCCAGAAGCAGAAGAUCUUUAUAAUCACGUAGCAGCGAUAUUUAAUAUUUGGUCCAAGUCUCAGUACUUCUUGAGAGAAGAACAAAACUUCAUAUCGGCUAAUGAGAUCGAUAAUAUGGUGCUCAUUAUGCCGACAGCGACCAGAAGACCUACUACUAUUUCGGAUGGAACAGCACCUUCCGGAGGAGGCAAGAAAAAGAAGAAACACCGUGACAAGAAAAGAGAUAAGGACAAAGAAGUGCAGGCUUCCCUAAUGGUAGCCUGUUUGAAGAGAUUGCUUCCAGUUGGUCUGAACUUAUUUGCUGGUCGCGAACAAGAAUUAGUGCAACACUGCAAAGACAGAUUCCUAAAGAAGAUGCCGGAAUACGAGAUCUCGGAAUUCGCGAAGACGCAACUCACUUUGCCAGACAAAAUCGACCCAGCUGAUGAAAUGUCCUGGCAACAUUAUCUGUACUCCAAACUAGGUCAGAAGAAGGAUUCCAUGGAACCAGUGAAAGCACAACAGCUAGAGGACGUGGUUGCAAGGAUCACAGACAUGGCCAAAGUUCUUUACGGUUUACAUAUGAUAGAUCAUCCGCAACAGCAGAGCAAGGGUCAAUAUCGAUCCGUGGUGUCGAUACAACGUAAACGAGCAGUGAUCGCUUGUUUCCGUCAAACUUCCCUACAUUCCCUGCCCAGGCAUCGGGCUAUAAAUAUCUUCGCGCGAACAUACUACGAGCUCUGGUUGCAGGAUGAGAAUGUUGGCCAAGAAGUGAUGAUUGAAGACCUUACGCAAUCUUUCGAGGACGCGGAACUGAAGAAAAUGGACAAAGACGAGGACGAAGGAAAACCAGAUCCGCUUACGCAAUUGGUAACAACAUUCUGUCGUGGCGCUAUGACCGAGCGAUCUGGCGCGCUACAAGAAGAUCCCUUGUACAUGAGUUACGCGCAAAUUAUAUCAAAAUCUUGUGGCGAAGAGGAAGAGGAAGGCGAAGACGAGGGUGGAGGAGGAGGUGAAGAAGAAGGUGGCGCCUCGAUCCAUAAGCGGGGCUAUAAGCCACUUAUGCGACCGAUGCACAAACUUAUGGAACAAGAAAUGGAGAAGCAGAAACUUCUUUUCCACCAAACGCGUCUUGCCAAUCGUGGCGUAGCAGAGAUGGUUCUGCUUCAUAUCUCAGCAUGCAAAGGUGUCCCUAGUGAAAUGGUAAUGAAGACUUUGGAAUUGGGAAUCUCUAUCUUGCGAGGUGGUAACAUAGAAAUUCAACGAGGAAUGCUGAACCACCUGAAGGAAAAGAAGGAUGUAGGCUUCUUCACUUCGAUUGCUGGUCUGAUGAAUUCCUGUAGCGUAUUGGAUUUGGAUGCGUUCGAGAGGAACACAAAAGCAGAAGGUCUUGGAGUCGGCUCUGAAGGAGCUGCUGGAGAGAAGAAUAUGCACGAUGCUGAAUUUACGUGCGCUCUGUUUCGAUUCAUUCAACUGACUUGCGAAGGCCACAAUCUUGAUUGGCAGAAUUAUCUGAGGACGCAAGCUGGCAACACGACGACGGUGAACGUGGUCAUCUGCACCGUCGAUUAUCUACUACGCCUACAGGAAUCCAUCAUGGACUUUUACUGGCAUUAUUCCAGCAAAGAACUCAUCGAUCCUGCUGGCAAAGCUAAUUUCUUUAAAGCUAUCGGCGUUGCCAGUCAAGUAUUCAAUACCCUUACUGAAGUGAUUCAAGGACCUUGCGCUCAGAAUCAACAGGCACUUGCCCACUCUCGAUUGUGGGACGCUGUUGGUGGAUUCCUUUUCCUCUUCUCUCAUAUGCAGGACAAGCUAUCUAAACACUCGAGUCAAGUGGACCUUCUGAAGGAAUUGUUGAACUUACAAAAGGAUAUGAUCACUAUGAUGCUCUCUAUGCUGGAAGGUAACGUCGUAAAUGGAACCAUUGGAAAGCAGAUGGUGGACACGCUGGUAGAAUCCGCAAGCAACGUCGAGUUGAUUCUGAAAUACUUCGACAUGUUCUUGAAGCUCAAAGACCUCGUAUCGUCGCCAAGCUUCUUGGAAGUAGAUCUCAACAGCGAUGGCUGGGUAUAUCCGAAAGAUUUUAAAGAGAAAAUGGAACAACAGAAGAGUUACACCGACGAGGAGAUCGAAUUUUUGUUGGCCUGUUGCGAGACGAACCACGACGGUAAAAUCGAUUACGUGGCUUUCAUGGAUCGUUUCCACGAACCGGCUAAAGAAAUCGGUUUCAAUCUUGCUGUUCUGUUAACAAAUUUAUCAGAACAUAUGCCAAAUGAACCGAGACUGGCAAGAUUUUUGGAAACGGCAGGCUCCGUAUUGAACUACUUCGAACCGUAUCUUGGAAGAAUCGAAAUUCUCGGUGGAAAUAAGAAGAUCGAGCGUGUAUACUUCGAGAUUAAGGAAUCGAACAUCGAGCAAUGGGAGAAACCACAAAUUAAGGAGUCAAAGAGAACAUACUUCUAUAAUACCGUAGUUGAAGCUGGAGAAAAGGAAAAAUUGGAAACCUUCAUCAACUUUUGCGAGGAUGCUAUCUUUGAAAUGCAACACGCGAGUGCGCUGAUGGCGGUAGAAGAAAGUGGAGGAAUCGGAAAGGCGAGAGAAUCAUCGUACACCUAUAUGACGGAGGAUGACGAAGAAAGAAACAAAGAUCCCAUCAGAAGAGGCAUUCAAACAUUCAAGGACAGCAUUUACUUCUUUUUCUCCAUAUUCUCCCCUAGUAACAUCAAGAACAAGAUCGCUGAAAUGCAACAGAUGACGUUCCUGGAACUCUUCAUUGGUUUCUUCAAGAUGAUAUUCUAUGCGUUCUAUUAUUCUGGUUUUGGCGUUGGCUGUAUAAUUGGAUACUUUAUGAAGCUAUUGUUGGCAUUAAUGAAAGGACCACAUGUGGAAGAACCUGUAGUCGAGGUGAAGGAAGAGGAAGAAAAGCCGAUAAGACAUUUGCCUGCUUUGCCGCCAACACCGGAUGAAUCUAAUUUACAGGUACAAGCGUUCGGAAUGGAUAUAACCAAAGAGGAAGGUGGGCAGAUAAAGAUCGCGCCCCACGAAUCGGCAACAUCGACUCCUCAAUCGAGCAUCGAAGAAACUGGCGAAAGCACACCUGAAGAAGCUACUGGCGAAGAAGGUGCAAGAGCUGAAGGUGGUGGAGAUAACAUGGAAUCGCCUGUUUCAUUGGCUGAUUUAUUAGGAGGUGAACAAGCUAGAGCCCAAGCAGCAGCCUCAGCAGAAGCAGCGGCCGCUCAACAAGCAGCUAUGGCUGCUGUCGAAGCGGAAGCGAAACAAGAAACGAUAGCAGAGCCUUCAACAUCUACUAUCGACUUCUCCGAAUACACCCAUCGUAUCGUCUCUUUCUUGGCUAGAAACUUCUACAAUCUAAAAUACGUGGCUCUAGUUCUCGCUUUCUGUAUCAAUUUCAUGUUGCUGUUCUACAAGGUUACAUCAUUGGCCGGCGAAGGGGAUGAGGAAGGAAGCGGACAAAUGAUUAAUGACAUAAUGGCAGAGAUGUCCGGUGAGGGUGCAUCUGGUUCUGGAAGUGGCAGUGGCUUAGAAAUAGGCAGCGGGAGCGGAGAAGACGAGUCGGAAGAAGAGGAAGAUGCGUACGCGUUAGAAUACGUGGAGGUGUCAGAAGAUUUCUAUUACAUGGCACACGUUAUAAGACUCAUGGCUAUCCUUCAUGCUAUCGUCUCUCUUGCUAUGCUGGUUGCCUACUAUCACUUGAAAGUGCCAUUGGCUAUCUUCAAACGGGAAAAGGAAAUUGCGCGACGCGUAGAGUUCGAUGGUCUGUAUAUUGCCGAGACACCGGAAGAAGAUGACAUCAAAGCGCAUUGGGACAAGAUGGUGAUAUCGGCAAAAACGUUCCCCGUGAAUUAUUGGGACAAGUUCGUGAAGAAAAAAGUUCGACAGAAAUACAGCGAGACUUAUGACUUCGAUUACAUAAGCAACUUGCUUGGCAUGGAAAAGACUUCGUUCAGCCAACAAGAGGAAGAGGGUUCUGGUUUGAUACACUUUAUCGUAAAUAUCGAUUGGAGAUAUCAAGUAUGGAAAGCUGGAGUCACCAUCACGGAUAACGCAUUUUUGUAUAGUUUAUGGUAUUUCACAUUUUCGAUCCUUGGCAAUUACAACAACUUCUUCUUCGCUGCACAUUUGCUGGAUGUCGCGGUUGGUUUCAAAACUCUGAGAACGAUCUUGCAGUCUGUCACGCACAAUGGCAAACAACUUGUGUUAACAGUGAUGUUAUUAACUAUCGUCGUCUAUAUAUACACUGUCAUAGCCUUCAACUUCUUCAGAAAAUUCUAUAUUCAAGAAGAGGACGACGAAGUCGACAAGAAAUGUCAUGAUAUGUUAACGUGCUUCGUAUUUCAUCUGUACAAAGGUGUUAGGGCUGGUGGUGGUAUCGGUGAUGAAAUUGGCGAACCUGAUGGCGACGACUAUGAAGUCUACCGUAUCAUGUUUGAUAUCACUUUCUUCUUCUUCGUCAUUGUCAUUCUAUUGGCUAUUAUUCAAGGUUUAAUCAUCGAUGCAUUCGGUGAGCUUCGAGACCAGCUCGAAAACGUAAAAACGAACAUGGAGAGCAACUGUUUCAUUUGUGGCUUAGGAAAAGAAUAUUUCGAUACGGUACCGCAUGGUUUCGAUACACAUGUUCAACAGGAGCAUAAUCUUGCUAAUUAUAUGUUCUUCCUUAUGCACUUAAUCAACAAACCAGACACGGAAUACACCGGUCAAGAAACGUACGUGUGGAACAUGUAUCAGCAAAGGUGUUGGGACUUUUUCCCGGUCGGUGAUUGCUUCCGCAAACAGAACGAGUCAGUGGAGGAAGAGGCAAAGAAGAAAUAAACAAAUUUUUCAAAUUUAUGUCGUUUUACAUAUAGCUAAAUGACCAAUCGAUCGAUCGAUUUACCAAGGAAGAUCUCCCUUCCUGAAACGUCUUCGAUAAUAUUAGUCUGUAAUUUCUACACGCAAAGAAAAGAUGUCGCGUUAAGAUAUCGCAAACAUUCGAUAACGUACGAUUUAAAUUUUUCAAACGCUAUACUCUCGCUAGUUUGUCGAUAGAUAAACUACAUUGAACGCGUGUGUAUCUUCUACAUUCGACAUCUAUCGUUAUUCCAAGUUUUAAGCGAAUUCUUCGAUGCGCGGAUUAGAGCACAUUAAUUAAGAAUUGCGCGAGUUGCACGCGUACGAGAUCGAAAAAUUCGCAUUUCCAGUAGCGCGUGCAAACGAGCGAAACAAGCUGGGAGACUGGUGAAAUAUUUUUCCAACUUAUUUUUCCAACUUUGUAAGGAUGGCUGGACACACCGUAUAAUCAACAGUUUCCUCUCCUUAGAUAGAUAAUUUACAAAGUUGUUGAUCAUCGACAAAAGAACCGACUGCACAAAUCUACAUUAUCAUAAACGUUACGAUUGCCUUCUUUUCAUACGUCGAAUGACCACAUCUUGUGCAUGAUGAUUUAAUUCAUUAACGUAAUGUUUGAGAUAUUACAAGAAUAUUACGUAAGUUGAAGAUGUUUCAAAGUUUAUAUCAAAUUAUAAAGGUUUCUACGACCACGUGGAAGCUCUUUGAAAAUUAUUGACGACUGAAAUCGCGAUGUAAUCAAACAUGUCAAUAUGUUGUAAAUAACGAUCUAUGACAAGAUUACCUGAGAAUAAAGAAAGACAUACUUCUUUA